AUGUUAUUUAUCUCUCGGUCGUACGGGCGUAGCAUCCAUCUGACAUUUCACCCCUUCUCUUCUACAAUUACACUGUAUCUGCACUAUCUACACUGGAAAAUGGCCAUCGUUCAAGGCAACAGACUUCAAGGCAAAGUCGCGAUAGUUACCGGGGGCGGCUCCGGAUUCGGCGCAGCCAUCGCCCGCCGCUUCGGCGAAGAAGGCGCUAAAGUUGUCAUCACCGAUAUCAAUGCCGAAGGAGGACAGAAUGUCGCGUCGCAGAAUCCUUCGAGUCUCAUUUUCCAGAAACAGGACGUAACGAAUCCGGAAGACUGGAAGACUGUGAUUGAUUUGGCUUUUGAGAAAUUUGGACGGUUGGAUGUGUUGGUUAAUAAUGCCGGGACGACAUAUCGGAAUAAGCCCACGCUAGAAGUCACCGAGGAAGAGUGGGAGCGCGUCUUCAAGGUCAACGUCAAGGGCAUCUUCCACGGCAGUCAGGCCUUCAUGCAGCGUAUCAUCGAACAAGGACAGGGCGGUUCCAUGAUCAACAUCUCGUCCACAGGCGCAUCGCGACCACGACCGGGUCUCGUCUGGUACAAUGCGUCCAAGGGUGCUGUGUCGAAUGCCACCAAAGGUCUCGCAGCCGAAUACGGCCCACACAAUAUUCGCGUCAACACCGUAUGUCCUCUGCUCAGCGGAACGGGUCUUUUCUCCAUGUUCACUGGUCUGGAGGAUACCCCCGAAAAUCGGGAGAAGUUCCUGGGGAAUGUGCCGUUGGGACGAUUGACAGAGGCGGAUGAUGUGGCUAAUAUGUGUCUGUAUCUUGCGAGUGACGAGGGGAGAUUCAUCAACGGGACUGAGCUGGUUAUUGACGGUGGCAAGUGUAUCUAA